CACCCACAGCUGAUGAAUUUCUGGUCCGGCAGCGCGCAGAUGCAGAGAGCAGAAGCUGUAUCCAUCCACGACGAUAUCUGCCACCAUGGCCCCUGUGAAGCUCGACAGCUCAGAUGAAACCGUGCCUGUUGAAAAUGGAAAAACAAAGACAUGCAUCACUUCAAAACAGAAGGGACUGGAGACGAUUGCCCCUCUGGUUCGCUCCGUAGAAGAAACUCCUGAGCCCAUCGCCACUGAAGUUCACGGCACCAUCCCCUCCUGGAUCAAUGGAAACCUGCUACGCAAUGGGCCGGGGAAGUUUGAGUUUGGAAACACACACUUCAACCACUGGUUUGAUGGGAUGGCCAUGCUGCACAAGUUCAAGAUUGAAAACGGCCAGGUGACGUACAUGAGUCGAUUCCUACGCAGCGACGUCUACAAGAAGAACAGUGAGAGGGACCGCAUUGUGAUAUCAGAGUUUGGAACCCUCGCCAUGCCCGACCCCUGCAAGAACUUCUUCCAGCGCUUUCUGUCUCGCUUUGAGAUGAUCCAGCCUACUGACAAUGCAAGUGUUAGCUUUGUGCAAUACAAAGGUGACUACUAUGUCAGCACAGAGACCAAUUUCAUGCACAGAGUGAACCCUGAGAAUCUGGAAACUGUGGAAAAGGUAGACUGGAGUAAGUUCAUUGCUGUUAAUGGAGCUACCGCUCAUCCACACUCUGACCCUGAUGGUACCACCUAUAACAUGGGAAACUCUUAUGGAAGCAAAGGGGCCCUGUACAACAUCAUCAGAGUCCCGCCUGAGAAGAAAGACGCCACAGACACCCUUCAAGGAGCCAAAGUACUGUGCUCCAUUGUGCCUGCAGACAAGUCCCACCCCUCCUACUACCACAGCUUCGCCAUGUCUGAGAACUACGUGGUGUUCAUCGAGCAGCCGAUAAAGAUGGACCUGCUGAAGAUAGUCACAUGCAAGCUGAGGGGGAAGGCUCUGAGCGAGGGCAUCUAUUGGGAUCCAAAGCUGCAAACUGUCUUCCACCUCGUCGACAAGCGUACAGGCGAGGUCAGCUCAGUGAAGUACCACACCAAAGCCAUCUCUGUCUUCCACCAAAUCAACGCCUUUGAGGAGGGCGGGUUCUUGAUGCUGGACAUGUGCUGCGCUGACGACGGCAAAGCCAUCAACAACUACCUAAUCCAGAACCUACGAAAGUCAGGAGACGCUUUGGAUGAGGUGUACAACACCGGGUGCCGGGCUUUCCCUCGCCGCUUUGUUCUUCCUCUCAAUGUGACCCAGGAAACCCCGGUAGACCAAAACCUGAACACUCAGCCCUCCAGUAAGGCAACCUGUGUCAAAAUCAACAAAGACAAGGUGUUUUGCCAACCCGAGGAUCUCCAUGGAGACGACCUUCAGGAGUACGGUGGCCUGGAGUUUCCACAGAUAAACUACGCCAAAUAUAACACAAAGCCGUACCGUUAUUUCUACGGCUGUGGCUUCAGACACCUGGUGGGAGACUCUCUGCUCAAAAUGGACCUAAACGACAAGACGUUCAAGGUGUGGUACCAGAAGGGUUUCUACCCGUCAGAGCCCGUGUUUGUGCCGGCACCUGAUGCUGUGGAGGAGGACGAUGGUGUCAUCAUGUCUGUGGUUCUCACCCCCUCACAGGAUAAAGGAUCAUUCCUCCUGGUUUUGGAUGCCAAAACGUUUGAAGAGCUGGGCAGAGCCAACGUUCCCGUGAACAUGGCUUACGGCUUCCACGGCACCUUCAGCGCCUGUGCUUGAAGCGGAUACUUUGAAAGUGUUUCUGAUAUUCAAUAUAACAUGAAGAAUACCAGCGCAGUGUAUAACCACUAUACUCCUGAUGGUCCUGACUCACCGCUGCACUAUACUAAACAUUGAUGCAGUGUAAUGUUACUGAACUGUUACUCUGGUUUGUAGCAACACACAACUGUGAUAAACUCAAAGAUACUUAAAGGAAGAAUGUGGGACAUUUUUACACUUAAAUCCAGCAGAAAUCAAGAAUAUCCUCUGUGAAUGUCUCUCUGAGUCAUGACUGGCUGUAUUAUUGUCAGAGCCGUGUUUAAAUCAUGUUUACAUGGACGGGUGUAUAAAGCUGUUUUAGUCGAGGACUAGAGAACAGAAGAAUAACAUACACACUGCUCAUCUGGAUGUUACCUAAGCGUUUUUAGAUCUCGGUCAUUGUGUGUCAAUUUAUGUGGAAUAUGAAGCUAUGAGUUAACCAAAGUGUGCUAGCAUUAGCCUGCUAACACGACAAAGCAGGUCACAGGGGAUUACAGCUCCAGCCAAACAAUUUUGUCUGCCGCUUGUGCUUAAUGGUGCUUAAUUAUGGUGCCUUCUAAUUGAUAACUCGUAAAGUUUGGAUGUCUGGAGGAGAGCGGAGGUGUGGCCAAACAGCAGUUUGUUUUGGUUUCAUGCUGGUGCUCAAGGGCGACAUCUGCUGGAUCAAAAAGUUGCACAUUCUUCUUUUAAGUUGAGUAUUCAAUGACAUUCCCUUGGGGUUAAUAGAAGCUGAAGUUCUGCAUUAAAGAGAGAGCUAAUGACAUGAUGUUCUGUAGCAUCAAACCUGUGAUUUCCAGGCUGUGUGAUGUUCCUCUAAAGUGCCUCAUGACCUUUUCUUUUUUAAGAAAUGAUAAUUUGUGAGGUUUGAUGACUUUUGUACACUUGGCAUUCAUUAAACUUGUAAACUGUUUAAA